AUGCACAAUCUAGAUACUAAGGAUAAAAAAAUCUAAAAAAGGAUGUUUAUUUACAAAUAUUAUUAUGAUAUUAUAAAAGAUCGAAAUUUAUAAAGUGCACCUAAAAAUAUACAAAAAUAAUUUUCAAUAAAAUAUUAUCUAAUAUCUCCAAAUUAACAAUAUAUAGCAAUUUAUAUGUAGAGUUAAGAUGAUACUUCUUACUAAUAACCUGAUGAAAUUUUACUUGAAAUAAGAGAUUUAAAUACUAAUAAAAAUAUUGAUGUGGAAGAUUGUUGGAUGGAUGGAAAAUUUGAUAUAAACACUUAGAUCACUCUAUUUUCUCCAGAUUCUAAAUAUCUUAUCUUAUUAUCUUAUAACAAAUAGAUAGUUUUUAUAUUUGAUUUAAUCAAUCAAACAACAAAUUCGGAAUAUAUUUCAACCUAAAAAUUAUUAUCAAUUGAUUAAAACAAUAAUGUUUUUCUUCUUGAUAAAUAACAAAAUUUGAUCAUCUAUUCAAUUCAUAAUCAAUAAAAAUAAUUGAUAAACUUUGGCUUUAUGAUUGAUAAGUUUGUAACAAUAACUGAUCAUUUUGCUUUGAUUUUAUCAUCAUAAUCAGCAAAAGUAAUUAAUUAAUAAAAUAUUAAACAAUUAUGUAGAUGGCCAAAUUUAAAUCAUAGUAUACAAAAUUUUAUUGUGAUGAAUAAAUAAAUAAUUAUUUAAAUAGGUAACAAAACAAUAUUAAGAUAUAUUAGAACAGGCAAAAUUAUAAGAAAUAUCGAAUCAUAAAAAUCAUCCCUUUAACACAUAUAAAAAGAAAAUUUAACAGUAUAUUUGUUUGUAAAUAAUGUAUUUAAGAUUAUUAAAUGGGAUUCUAAAUUAAAGGUAACCAUAAAAAAAGAAAUUAAUUAAUUUAUAAGAUUUGAUAUUUUAAGAGGUGUAUAAAAAUUGUUUUAUAUUGAUAUUGAUUUCAUUAAAAAAUGUGCAACAAUGACAAAUAGAUUAUAUGCAGAUUUGGAUAAUAAGAAAUAAUUUUUAAGAUACUUAAUAUUUAAAAAUAACAAUGAAAUGUGA